UCGACGGCGAGACGGCGCGUCAGAUGCGCCGCCCGGGAACGCUGCCCGUCGCGAACAACGCGUCCGGUCACCGCGGAGGAGGAGGAGGAGGGGGUGGUAGUGGUGGUGGUGGUAACGGAGCGGGAGGAGGGAUCAGAGGUGUCGUGGACGAUGGCACCUCAUCGCUGAGCGCAGCGCCGAUCGACGGAGUCAUAUCCAGCAACGCGAGAUCUCAUUACUCCAGUCACUCCUUGCGUCGUACGCCGCAUUCGCAACCGCAGCUCUCCGCCAGAGAAUCGGACUCGGAUCGGAUACGGACCCUGGAGUCCGGACUUCAGAAUGGAGUCCCGGCCGGUGGCCGCCAUCAGCCGUCGCCGCCACCGUUGCCCUCCAGGCAUCAGCCCAACUGCAGCCAGUCCUCGUAUCCCACUCUGCCGGUCAACGGCCACGCCGCUCAUCACUACCAUCAUCACACGAGAGAGCGCGAGAAAGACAGGUCGUCCACUCGCGAGAGAAAUCGCGAACGGGACGUCGGUCCGCCGCCGCCUCCUCCACCGCCACCGGUAACGUCGCACCGAUCCGAUAAGCACAGGGAGGCCCAGCUGGAGAUGGAGUUGCGCGACAGUCUCGACAUGGGCGUGAUCGGCACGUACCGAGCGUAAAACGAUAAAUCGGACGCGUAACGUUGUUCGAUCGAGAACAAACGGAAGACGGGAUCUGUAGUCUAAAAGAGACGCGAUCACCGUGGACUCCUCCGCGUUGUUUCACAUAGUACAGCGGGAUUUGCAAUUGACACUUUGAAAAGAUGACGAAGGAGACCAACAGAGACCAAUCAGAAAAAAAAGUUCCUCUCGUCGCGCAGCACAGAAAAGAAUGCGAAUUAGUGAAACGGGAAGAAGACUGACGAAACGUUUAUGAAGAAUAUCAAGAAGUGAGACCAAAAAGAUCACACUAAUAAUGUGAUUGCCAUAUCGCCACGAUAUACAAUCUGUUGGAGACUUCUAUUUGUACACAAAAUAUUAGUAUCGUCGUAGAUCGAUCAUUGCGAAUCAAUGAUGCCAUGAUCGGAAGCUAACGAUUGAUGCUAAAGACAUUUAUUAGUUGAUACUUUUAUUUUUUAAGUUUUUUUCAAAGGAAAAAAAUUAAGCUGCGCUUUUAAAUGCAGCAUCUAAUUGUCUUCAUGACAUAUUAUUGUCAAAAAAGAUCAUUGAACAUUUCUUUGAAAUCUGUAAAAAUUUUGUAAAAUAAUUUGAACAAUUCAAAAUCUGAAUAUGAGCAAUUUCUUUAAAAAAGUAGGUUUUUAAAACAUUUUUCUACAUUUUUAUUCUUCAACUUUUUAAAAUCGAGUUUAUUUUCUUUUUGCCUGUAAUGACGCAUCAAGCAAACGGAAAAAAAAAACCAAUGGGCUCCCCAUCGUAAUCAAAAGGUGCGGAUAAACGUCGCGUUUAGUAUAUCUAUAGUAUAUCUAUAAAAGACGCCGCAUCUUUUUCGGAACGAGAUGGCAUUCCGAAAAUUAUACACCUCGUCUAUAAUCCUAAGCGGUCCUUAAUAAGCCCAUCUUCCCGCGCGACUGCUCGAAGAUUAAUACCCUCUCUACGUCACCGUGGGGAGUCGUCGUCUCAGAAUCCCGGAGAAAAGAAGACCCAACGGACACAGAAUGACUUUCGCCAGGAUUUUUAUCACGUCCGUCUUAUCACUGAUGACCGCAAGAUCAGCAGUGUCGAGGAUGAGUGAUGCCAAACGGAAAUCCCUGGCGGGUGGAUAACCCGUGGGAAGACAGGGUUGGUUCACGAUCCCUUACCUCCCUUCCUCACUCCCUCUCCUUUUCCGGUAACGACGGCCAUCGGCCACGUGGAGCCCUGUUGUGUUCCAAUGCGAUAUAUACACACGUAAAAAUAUUCUGUACGCGCGGUCGACCACUUGAUCGUGCCGAGACCGUCGAGCUCGAUCGAAACCGAAGUUCGAUAGCGCAUCGGUCUACGCCGAGUCACUCUUGAAGGCGAUCCGAGGGCGAGGGCUUAACGAGUCGUACGGCUCUUCGAGGAUUCGAAGAUCACGGUUGUUCGGGGAACGAGCGCUACUCGUUAAGAUCCAGCGAUCGCCGCUCGAUCGUUUUAUCUUAGGCGGACGCGUAACCGAGAGUUCGUGUCGCGCGAGACGAGACAUGUAUCAUACGCGAGGAGAUUGAUCGUACUAUAAGCAACGUAGGACGCAGCUAUAUAAAUAUAUACAUAUACAGAAAUAUAUAUAUAAAUAAAAAAAAAGUAUAUAUAUACAUAAAUUAUAUAUAUAUAUAUUCUAAACGGUCGAAUUAUUUUCUAAAUAAAAACACCAAUGUACAGAGGCACGACGGAGACUGUAUAGUAUUGAGCUAGUGUGUCAACGCGUCCUCGACUAUCUUUAACCUUAAGAGAUUCUAGAUCGUCGUCGAGUUCUAGAUCAUUGGGUACCCGCCUACCAAAAUGGAAAGGGGAGAAAGACAAAAAGAUGAAAAGAAAGAAAGAGAGAAAGUGAGAUAAUGUAUACGAAAGAGAUGUUUGGUAAGCGGGUAUCCGCGUGUGCGAUUGAUCCCUCGAUCAUCGAGAGAUCGCGGAUAUGGAGAAACUAUCAAAACGUUAUCUGAUAUCGCGGCGCAAGUUAGCGAUGUAAGGUCGUUUCUUUUUUUUUUCUCUGGUCGAUAUGUAAGUUUAAGGGUAAGAUCGCGUUAGGGAUUUAACCUUAAGAAGGUUUACGCUGUUGUUAAGGAACCGCGCAGGUUUCUAAAACGCGGGUAUCGUCCGUUCCCCUCGUUUCAAUGGAUGAGUGUCUUUCAGAUCGUGAGGUCCACGCCGAUAUUAAUGGAUAUUAGAGAAUUCUCGCGAUAAUAACGUGCAAUGCGCGCUUAUUUCUUCGCUAUUUGCGCUGCGCUUAAAAAAACAUUUCUCUAAUAAAUGAUAGAUAACUAAUAAUAAUUAGUAAUUAAUAAAUAAUAAUUCUUUUUACAAUCUCCCGAAUUUCGAUCCGAGUUUUGUUCUUCGAAGAAUGCGUCGCGUCCGUCAACCGCAAUCACGUCAUAUCAUUCCACGAGAAGAAACCGAGAACAGUGACGUGUUCCGUUUCGGGAUUUGAAUUCUCGCGAGGAAGGCCACAUCUCCCCCCGUAUAGCAGGCCCGAAUUCCAUCGGGUUCCGGUCCGCACGCCGCCGAAAUACUGCCGUUUAAUCGCCACUGAAUCACGGUGUCGGUACCGUGCGCCACGGGCCACGUGGGUAAUUUUUCGGUCACUUUUACUUUCGGUGUUAUACGGAAGGCAAUUUCCGCGGCGAUAGUGAUGGUGGCGGUGCAUCGAAAAUCCUGCAGCCCUGAUAAAUCGCGGCUGCAUUAAAAUGCACAGGGCGCGGCCGAGUUUAAGUUAGUUCGCCGACCGGCGUAAUGGCCGCGGUGGAGAGGUGCGGGAAAGCGAGGAGAAGAUGAAGAGAGAGAGAGAGACAGCGGAGAAUGUGGCGAGGUGUACGGCGAAGAUGUACUUUACGGAACGAGAUUAUUUUUCCGCCCGAGUGUACCCAGUGGAAUUCCACGGUCACCCGGCCUGAGAAAGGUGACUGCACCUUGAAUCGACUCUGGCGGCGGCGCGGUGCAGGUCGCUUGCUCGCUCGCUCGUUCGCUGCUGGGCGUGGAGAGAGUGGCGGAAUUUCAGCUCCGGUAGGAUCUGCAACGGGUUCUCCAGGAUUAGGCUUCGAGGCGUUAACUUCGCGCUAACGCAGCGGAAAUCGGACGGAAAUUGAGCACGGUUUAGUAUUUGCAGAAGAAGAUGCAUGUUGAUCAGCUGUCUCGCGUCUGCGAUGUCGUGAUUACUUCCGGCGCGAUCGCUCUUUUUCGAUGGACGAUACGCCAAAUUGAUACGCUCGAAAAAAAUUGAUAAAAUUAUUGCUUUAAACGCGGAACGAUGUGACGCCGAGAGUCGCAGGAGUAAAUCGUUGCCAAAUAAAAUAGCGCGGACGCGGUAGCGGAUAUCGGGCGUGAUUUAUCGGUGGUAAAUUACGAAUGCAUCGAAUGGCGAAGAAAGAGGCGCGGCGGGAGCGAAAGUUACUAUCGAUAAUGGAGUAACACCGUCGUACGGCGCCGCCGCCGUAGGAAGAUAUAUUGCGGCUCCAUUUUUAGGUAUAACCGCGUAGAAUUCUCUCUUCUCUAUCGGCGAGAUGCGUCUGCACAUGUCUCAAGGACACUCAUCCUCGCUCGUAAAAUCCUUUCCACCCCGUUGACGCCGAUUUGGCAUCGGGAAUUUUAUUAUUUGAUACGCGGCGCGAAUUUGUCGAAUAGAAUCGAAGAAGCGAGAUUUACGACGAGUUCAACUGCGUCCCGAGGUAGGAUUAAGCGUACACAUUGUCACCUUAUCACAAUUAAAUAGAUUGCAAAGGGAGAGCGACAAAUAUCCCUGAGUUUUAACUGCCGAGGAUCGAGAUCCGCGAACGACAACCCAAAGGUUUUGAGUAAUCGCUGAAAAAUUCUGAGACUUUUCUUUUUCCCGGUGUCUCGAGGUCUCGACAAUCGAAGUGUACGACGAUGAUUUUUCCGAAUAGUUCGACGGUUUCGCAAGCACAUUCCGUACUGCAAGAAAAGCGAACGGCUGAAACUGUGUAUUCAUAAUAACCCUGGUGUUCACGAAAUAUCAUUUUCGAGCGAGCGGUUCUUGGAAAUAAGUUCGAUGCAAAAUCAAACCGCGUGUAAGCUACGCUACUUUCGAUAGCCGGAUGUAAAAAGCGUAAAGCGUACGUCAUCGACUCCGAAAAAGAUUCAGACCAUUAUUUCCGCUCAACUUUUGACUGCCGCGAAGAAGAGCCAAACAUUUUUUGCGCGUUGCGAUACGUGAUUUCUAUAUUUUAUACCAUAACCAUUUUCGAUAUUUUACAGGCACGUCCCGUGGUACCAUAAAACCGGUGUUGAAGACUGCUUUAAAAUUCGCGAGAGUUCGCGCUACGCUCGUUUUACAGAAUAGGUUUUGCGGAAUAAAGAGGUGGCGCGGGAAAAAAAGUAAUCUCCUACUCUAACAUAAGUAUAUAACGUUUCCUGAAAAUACGAUUACGUUUAUACACACGCGCAGAAAUAUUAUUAUAUUUGUAUACAUAAAAGAUUGUGCGGCAUGCGCUAUGCUGUAUCGCGCAUCUGAGGACACGUACGGUGACGCGAGCGCACGUGGAUAGAUAUGCGCCAACGGCGACCGGGGCAGCGUUUUCCGGCAGCUCCAACUACGUCGAGACAUCGACGAAGAGAACUAGCAUAGGGACGUAUCUCUAAUUUCGUAAGUUCGAGAACCAACCGAAAUAUCCGGGGAAACUUUACGAAUUUUUCGCUCGGCGUCUUUAUCUUCGUCGAACUUUGCAAAUCGAAGGAGCUUCUUUUUUGCGCGACGCGCGCGACCUAACGCUCGCGCAGUCUCGUGCAGAUAAGGCUCUCCCUUAUCGAACGAUAAUCUCAUUCCUUCUGAAAUGCUUAUUUCGCACUGCUCAUUUCACGCGAGAGACCAUUUUGUAUUCUUAUUUAUGAUAUAAGACACUAUCUUCAUGACGUCGAGGCACGACGUUAUGAAACAGCAUUUUAUACGCGUCUUUCGUGAGACGAGACUUUGGUUUUUUCCAUAUCGUCAUUUUAAUGAAAAAAAAUUCUUGCUUUUAUUUUUUAAGGAUGUGUGUAUUACAUCUCAAAAUAUUAGCAAAAGUAUAAAAACUUGAUUGUUCUAUUAUUACCUUUGAAUAUCUGUGUUGAGCACAACUUUCUGUAAGUGUUAUUUAAAUUUUUACUCUUAAUUCUUAUUGAAAAAUCACGUAUGUAGUAUUUAUUUACAAAUUCGAUGAAAAAGUAAGAUUACGAAUUAAAUUUAUUUAGAUCAUCUCUUAAAUCUCUCAUUAUUGAAUAAUGAGAAUAUAUUUUUCUCUACAAUUGUACAAAAUUCUUUACGUAAACAAGUACGUUUAUUUAGCUUUAUACUUUUCUUUAUACAAUUCCAUGUCAAUAUUUAAUAUUUCGAAAAAUAAAGACGUUCUCAAAACAAGAGAGUUUCUUUUUUUUCGCCGUGUUUAGAUGUCAAAUAUUGACACGACGAUGAGAGAGAAAUAGAGAGUUCAGAGAACAAAUAUAUAUUUUAUAAAAAUUCUCAUUAAAGUGACGAUAGCGUCCAUUUCCAUGUAUAUUUUUGUAUAUUUUAUGUGUAAGUUGCGACGUGCGUUUUCCAUUUAAUUCCUGCCAAAUUCAUAUUGCGAUAUCGCCGAGAAUCGUUAACAGCGUGGACAGUGUGCGAGCGGCGCCUAAGUUUAGAAUCAUUGCAUAUAUUUUCUCACCCGUACACAAUCGGUCUGGGGCUUUCCCCGUGAUUUGCGAUCCCCGGUUAACUCUAACUGUACCGAGGCGAGCCAUCGGAUAAAUCUUAAGUAACGUAUUUGUAAUUAAAAUGCAUUGUAAAUGUGUCGGGGUUCAAGUAUCAUAGGUAGUUCCAAACGGAAAAGAGAGAGAGAGAAAGAGAGAGUAUUAAAAGGCCGUCGCGAUAGGUACGGGACGGCGAAAAGUGUAUAUUUUACGAUAUGACGUCAUACUAAAAAUCACUACUGUAACAUUAUCGUAUCGCUAGUCAGUUGACGCGUUUCGAAAAAGGAACAGAAAGGAGAGAAAAGGGAAAGAAGCGAAGCGUAAAAAAAGCGAGAAGCGUUCGAACGAUCGAGUAAAAUUAAUCGAAAUAUUAAAUUAUUGUACAAAAUUGAGCGCCGGUAGUUCUUAAGGCCUAUUAUAUCGUUUUCUCCAUUUCGUAUCGAUUGCGUGCGAUUCGCGCUUGUAAAGUGAUACGUACGAGCGAGAUGUGUGAAAAAAGAUGUUUUAUAAUUCAAGCUCAAUAUUAGGUACGAUUGAAUCUUACAAAGGGGCGUCCAUUUGCGCUUUCCAUAAAAAUAUAUCGAAUAGAAGUAUUUGAAACGUUCCCAGCAUAAAAAUGCGAAUAAAAAUAAAAAUCGAAGACGCGGACGCGGAAUCACUACGUAUACGUUUCGUCUUUCAGUAUCUAACAUUCCUCGCGAAAAUAUUUAUUUUAUUGCGUAAUGUGUCUACAUUCUACUUAUAAAUAUACCACAUACGUUUUCAUUCCUUACAUACGUCUCGCUCGUAUAUAUUUCAUUGUGACUCGAACCCCCUAAUCGGCGGCGCCGCGUCAAAGACGCGCGCGUUACCUCUCUCGUCUCAUAUCUCGUCAUAACACACGACUCAUCCGGAGUUCCUUCUGCCGUUCGAGAGAUAAAGCUCGAGUUCUGCCAUUCAACCGCGAGCUCGCGACGCCGUUAUCGGGCGGCGACAGGGUGUCGAUUGACGAAUUCCGCGUACUUAGCGGCGCGCAAUGCAAUCUCUCGCCUUGGAGAGUGCCGGGCGGGGGUGCGCAAAAGCAUCUGGGCGCUUGUAGGCCGCCACUUGAUAAACUUAGUGUCAAUGAGCGUUCUGUGCCAUUGUGAUCGCGAUUCCAGGAUAUGUAGGUAUGCAUAUGACAAACGGGGAACUUACACGCCCAUGAAAAGGCAAGCAUAACGAUCGAUCCUCCGCGUGGCCUUUAUUUAUCCCCAGAGAAAUCGGGAAUUCUCUUCGCGUGAUCUUUUUUAUUUUAUUUUAUUUUUUUUACGUGACUGUGUGGCUGUAACGGCGAUCUCUUGCGAAUCUUAUGGACGAUGAACUGUUACAUCGAUCCUGUCCCGCGCACAUGUGUUCCAUUUCGAAAGAGUAUAAAAAUUACGGAGAUACGGAUGUAGUAUAUAGGUUCUUUUUCUUUAUUACUAAGUUCUAUGUAUAUUUCAUUUGAUCUAGGGAGGAAAGUAAUUUCGCCCCUAUAACGGUUUCACGAACGGUUAAACGAGUUUCCCUUCGUUGAUAAUACCCCAUGUAUCGAAUUUAAACGACCUAAUCGUGUAUUGUGAUAUAUUAUAUGUAAUAUAUGGUACUUGAUUCGCGCUUGAGAGUCAAGCUUAAGUGGAAUUGUGAGUUCUUAUCGGAUAAAUCGAACGGUAUGCACAUUCCAUGAGAGAUCGUAUAUAUCAUUAGGAUGACAUUUCGCGCUCCCCGAGGAUGGCGGAACUUAAAGCUUCUUCUGUCGAUCGAUAUCUUUAGGCGAUUGUGUAUAAUUCUUCGAUCUCGUCUCCACGCACUUUAGAUUCGGAGGACGAUCAUAGAGGAUCGAGAUUCCGAGUCGAGAUUUCAUCGGCGGACGAGCCGGCACACGCAAACACACACACACACACACAAAUGCACACAUUACACUGUAUAUUCGUGUAAAGCAUAGUGAAGCCUUAUUGAGAAAGCAAUAUUCAUCCUUAAACCGCUUAAAGUAUUUUCAAGCUGCUAAUCUAUCGAGCGAUUUCUUCCUACACUAAAUAAAAGGGAAGAAGAGGAGAGGCGAACGGGAAGGACUCGACGGUCCGAACUCGCGCGAGAGGACUGGAAGCUGCGACCCACGGGGUAACGCGUGCGGCGAUCGCGGAAUUUUUCGAAUUUUUCUCGCGCAUUUUUCGAAAUUAUAUCGAAAAAAACGACCGUUCGAAAUGAAUUAUGACGAAAAUAAAACAUACGGGGGAAAAAAAGCAAAGAGAACGCGUGGAACUUUCCGAAACGUAUACGACGGUUAGAAUUGGAUUGGAAGGACAAGUUUAAUUACCGGGGGCGAACUUUCUUGCGCGUAAACACGCGCGGGAAAAUUUUGUUCGCGCGUAAAAAGCAUUGAAAAAGUUCAAGAGCGCGGCCGCGUGCGUUCACCUAAGGCACGCUGAAAUACAUCUCUCCCCGCGAGAAAUAAGAACACGGCAAAAAAAAAAAGGAACGCGAGCCAAGUGAAAACUAAAUUAGGCUCCUAGAUCGCCGCCGGGGAUGGAGAUGUGUACCUGCAGAAAUAUCCACAGAAAAUGCUCGAGAGAAAAUCCUAGAGGACCACUUCUUUCCUUUCCUUUUCGAACAGCGGCGAUCGGAAUUCACGAGAGUUUUUCCGCGAUAAGCCACCGUACGCGCUUUCCUUCCCCUCUUUUUCACCCCCGUCUGUCCUUCGCCUCUUUCCCUCCCCAAGAGUGAUCGGUGUGCAAACGCGAUCCGUCGUAGCGUUUGUUAAUCGAUAACCACUCUCCUGCGUUCGAGCCGGCGAUUCUGGCUGGUAAACGGGCCUCGCGAGACGCGUCCUUUUUUUUCUUUUUUUUAAUUAUGUAUUAUACUAGAGGGGGCGGAGAGCAAUCUCCGGCUCAGUGGAGAGUGGUUAUCACUUCGCGCGUUAUCGAUCACACCAGUCGCGUCGCAGGUUAAUUGCUACGGUCGUCGAUGUCGUUACACCGUGGGCACAAGUGGCACAGCUUUCCCGCGAUUUCCCCUCCUGCUCCCCGCCCUGCUGUAAAUACACCCCCCUCCCCCCGAGUUGCUCCCCGAAGAUGGUAGUAAACGGUCCGCAUUCUCGCCGUGCGUUGCUCGGUGCGAAAGGUGCGCGUCUUUUCGAUCCUCGUCGUUCCGAUGACGCACGAGAAUUUUUUUUUAAUCGAACAAACGGGAUCUCUCAAAAUUUAAUUCAAUAUCAAUCGAGAAAAUUCCUUUCAGCUCUCGAUCCUGUCGAAAUUCCAUUUCUUGGAUACCGCGCGCGUCACAUACGCUGAUUGCUAAGCGGCGAAAAUCUCAACCUUUGACCUGAUUUUAAUCUUGACGACGCGAGGAUUCGUCGAACGGAGAUAACAAUCGAGGUGAACUUAGUUUAAUUUGAUUUUAGAAUUGGAUGAUGCGCGCGGGGAUGAUGCGGAGCGAUCGCGCAACAUGCACACACACAACCCACGCGUUUAACGAAAUUCGCAUUCGUCGCCUAUACUCUCGAUUUUCUCUUCACUUAACGAGGAAUCCUUCAUUAAGAUGUGUAUACCAUAAAGACGAGUACGGCGCGGACAUGUCACGUCCCGUUGAUCUUUCGCGGCCUUCUUUUCGUCCACUCCCGGUGGAGGAACCGAUCCGUUCGCGCGGUCGGCCUGUGUAAAUAUUAUUCGUCGCACUUGCGUGCGGGCGAGCACGUGGGAAAAGAAGGCGAGCGGGGAAAGGGGCGCGUGGCACACGCGUUUUUCGGCUAGGAAAGGACAAGCGAGCGUACUCUCCGACUCGUCGGACCGAGCGAGAAGAGGGCUGUCCCCUUUCGAUGAAAAGAGGGAGUCCCCGGGCCAUAACAUAGGUCAUUAAUAAUAGUAUACUCGUAAUAAUAAUAGUAAUAAUAAUAAUAUUAAUAGGGAUAUUCCAGCGUUAUUUUGUACAUAAACAACUUUAUCAACGGAUAUUAAGAAGUCAUCAAUAAAUCUAUAUAUAAAAAAA